GUUUGUCUCUAGUCGAUGCCUUGAAAACAUUUUUUUUUUUUUUUUAAAUUCAACUGUGAUAUUUACUUUAAGGUAACCGAAUGGCGUGCCUUCGAUUAAUACCGAUCUUUUAUUUACUACUUUAUCUAGCGAAUUCGAAUGCUAAGAACAAAAUAAAAGAUUGCUGUCUUCCUGCGAAUCCUCUUCAUGGAAAAUACGUCGAAAACAAUGUUACAGAUUCAGAAAAAUCAAUAACAUUCUCUUGCGAUCCUGAAGCUUAUUUGAUUGGAUCUGAAACUCUAACUUGCAAUUCGGGAAAAUGGAAUGGCACUUUUCCAAUCUGUAUUACAAAUAAUGUAAAAAAGUUGAGUAUGACAAAAAAAAACUUGACUCAUUUAACCGAUGGAGACUAUAACACAUGUGUAAAUCUGCAGAAAGAGACGUUUGAAUUUCAAUUCAAUUGUGAUGACAAUGUUAACUCUUACGUCAUUCUGAGAGUGGUUCAUGAUAUGAAAGAUUUUAAGGUCGCACAUCAAGUAAAGAAUUCCAUGAGAAAUUGUACAGAAUUAUCGAAUAUGACAACAACAGUAAAGAGGAAAAUAUUCGUGAUACACGAUUUUAAUUGCACUGUAAUGGCUGGAAAAGUGAAUACGAUCAAACUUUAUGAUUCUCUUCGACGUGUUUGUGAAGUAAAAAUAUAUUGGCAAAAAAAUUACAGUUGUUUCAAACUGAAUAUAUCUUCGGAAAGCGGGUCGAUUCGAUACGAAUAUAAUAACGAGGAUAAAAGCAACUACCGCUACGGAACCGCUGCUAUUUACACUUGCAAGAACGGAUAUAAAAUGUCAGGAGAAUCAACCAGAUAUUGUCAACACGGAAGAUGGAGUGGAAAUGAAACUACUUGCACAAAGACUGAAUGCGAUGAAUUCGACACGGUAGAAAAUGGUCAAGUAACUUAUACGAGCAAAUCAAUUGGAGGAAAUGCAAAAUUGCAAUGCAUCAGAGGCUAUAAACCGGUACCAUCUGCAGUUUCUUUGUGCCUUGCCAAUAAUACAUGGACACCUGUUUCUUUCAAGUGUAAAGAAAUCACUUGCCCAGAUUUACCUACGAAUAUCGAUGGGACUUAUUGGAUAUAUGAAAGGCCAGCACGAGUCGACCGUAAUGCCACAGUUAAAUGUUAUUCUAAUUAUUUUUUACCCGUUGAAUAUUCAACGAUCAGUUGCUUACCAGAUGGAAAUUGGAGCAUAAUUACUGCGUGUAAAGACAAUUCGUCAUCUUUUUCCAAAACGAAAUUAAUCAUUAUAGCCGCUUCUAUAGGAGCAGGUUCAUCAGCUCUUAUUUUUACUGUUAUUUUAUGUCUCGUAAUUUUAAGGAAAUGUUUAAUCAAAAAGAGAAAUCAGAGUAUAAGUAACGAGCAGGAACAAAUGGAAGGAAACGAAUAUUAUACAAUUAUCUAUGACGAUAUUCACAGCAUUAAACAUAAGAAGCCAAAUUCUCCCUUGCCAAAAGUUCCAUCGUGCGAAACUGAAUUUAAUUAUAGCGAACCGAUAGACAAGAAUAGGAAUUCAGAAAAGGGAAGUCAGUACAUGUAUGCUCAACCUCAAGAUGCCAUUCAAGUAUCAAGUGUAAAUAUCAGAAAUUCUAACAAAAGAAGAAACUCUAGCGCCGAUAGCACUUAUUGGAGAGAUUGUGGAGAUUUCGAUGACAAAGAAGACGUGUUCAAGACUAAACUACCCAGUAAUGCUAGUUUGCCAGAUUUUUCCAUCACCAGAUCUUUGUUAGAAGAUUUGUAUUCGUCUGAUUAACACUGUUUAAUUAAUUAACUGAUUAGAAAAGUUCAUCAGAAUGGUUAGAAAAGAGAGUGUCAAUUCGAAAAAUGAAUACAAGUUAUAUUCAUUGUUACUAUUCAAUAAUCCAAUUAAACUUGGAAGAUUUUCAUGUUUAUUUAUCAUUUAAAAAAAUAAGUUUUGGGGGGAUUUUUCAAUGUGUAUUAUAAUCAGUUAAGUAUAAUACAAUACUAAAACGUAAUCAAUGUGUUCUGUGAAUGUUUGAAGUCAGACAUAACUAAUAUUUACUGUAUCACAUUCAAUUUUAAAUUGUAAAUAAUCAUUUUUAUAUAAAUGUAAAUCGUUUUUGAAUUUAAUUCAUUUUUAAA